CGUAGUGAGCAGUUAUAGUUUUGUGAAAAACAUUAGGGUUCAUAUUAUAACCAAUAUUAUCGUUUGAUCGUAGAUGUCAUCCGUUUUGAUUUUUUUCAAAAAAUAACAAAUAUAAGUUUAAAAAUGUUUUUGUUCCAAAUCUUCGUGAUUGCACUAUGCAGUCUUCGCCGUUGCCAAACGAUGAUCACACAUGAAACCAUUCGAAAUUUGCAACAAACCGAGUUGGUAUUUAUGCCAUUGAAGUUUUCAGACACCACGUGCUACACUCCCCAGCCCGAAAACCCGCGAACAAGAUGUGUUAGUAUCCCGAAAGUUGCGAUAGAUUAUAAACCAUACGGUUUGGCACCGCCUUUUACGGUUACUGAACAGCUGAGCCAUAGUAUUUUCUUCACUGGAAUUUCGCUGGCAACCACAUUACAAGAUGCAGACAAUUUUAUGGCCUAUAUACGGGAACCGUAUUGCUGUCGUGCCGUCAACCAAUCAUUGCAAGAAGUGAUGGACAACUGUAUAAAAAAUGAAUGUUACGUUGAGGCAAUUAUUCGGCUUAUGAACGUGAUCGAAAGUGAAGGUAUUUCGAUAUUGAGUAGAUUAUUUCAUAUAUCAAACACAAUAAUAAAGAAUCUGACAAAUACGGAAGUCAAUACUUACUUAAAUAGGAUCGAUCCUAUAAUACAACUCAUUUACAACAAGUUUAAAACUUAUUUUAUAUCGCCUGUACCGGUGCAUCAAAUAGUAGAUGCCAUUUAUGUAUUAAGGGUGAAACGAUCAUUGAAAAAACGAAAACAAUUCUUCAAUGACUCAUGCAUGGAGUUUAGCCAACGAUAUGGUAACAUGAUGGGCUUGGCGAGUGCUGGCAAUUAUACGAACGUCGAAGAUAUACCGAUUAUCAGAAUAGUCAACCUAGAAUUAGAAACUAUCAUAGAACGUGCCAAUGUGUACUUCAAAAGAGAAACGGGCGCCGGACCUUGGCCAGAUUAUAUGAAAACAGAUUGUUCACUCUCGAUGUAAACAAAAAGUGUGCUGAUAAGCACUCCGCCGAAACCAGUGUGACCAUGUCAGCCGGAACGAAAUUAUCGAAC